UAUUUCCGGGCGACAGUGCAGGUUUGUCAAAUAUCCUAUUCCCUGCAUGGCAUGGUUGACAGCGUAGCCGACGAUUCAGACGGGGAACUGGGGCCUCCACUUGAAUAUCCGGCUCUAACAGAUAUAAAACCGUCAGAGUAAUACGUAAACAAACCUCUUCCGGUCGUUUCAGCAGCUGUCCUCACUCUCCGAGAGCGGAUUCUCCUCAUUUGUCAUCGCUCCGAGUUAGCUGACUAACACUCGUUGCUCGCUGAAAAUGGCGGAACCAGCAGAGAAGAGCCUGGACGACUUCUUUGCCAAGAGGGAUAAAAAGAAGAAGAAAGAGAAAGUGAAGGGCAAGGAACCAGCCACGACCGGGUCCACGACGUCGGUCAUGGUGAAAAAGAUAAAGAAAGAGAAGGAAAAAUCCACGAAAAACGAAAACCAGGACGCUCAGAUCGAAAAGGAGGACGAGGAGUGGAAAGAGUUUGAGCAAAAAGAAGUGGACUACAGUGGGCUUCGACUCCAGGCGCUACAGAUGAGAGGAAGUGGAGGUGCCCGAGGCCAAGCCUGCUGGUGUGUAUCGACCUCCUGGAGCUCGACUUACUCCCAGUAGACGAGGCCCAAGCCAGGGCCCCCCUGAGAUCUUCAGCGACGCACAGUUCCCCUCCCUGCUGUCCACCGCCAAGCACGUCGAGACACGCAAAGACAGAGAAAUGGAGAAGACCUUUGAGGUGGUGAAACACAAGAACCGUGGCCGGGAAGAAACCACCGGCGCCUCCAUGCAGCAACUGCAACUUGACAACCAGUACGCCAUCCUGGGGGACAAGUAGAGCUCUGCUUCCCUUCGUCCCCUGGCCCCUCCAGCACGGUCCUGCUCAGCCCAUUAAAGGAAGCUGAAGUCCAGCUGUGUGGACUGCAGUCCUAACAGAGCUCCUCCUGCCACCACCAUCAUCACACACAUACACACACACACACACACACGCGCGCGCACACACUCAAUCAUACAUAAAAACCCCUGCAGUGACUCCCUUUAAAUAACACAUUUGGUCAGCGAAACUAAAGGACUGCGUCUGAAGGGGCUGMGAAUCCCACCAUGCGGCGCUGCAGCAGCAACAAAAGGAGGCCUCGUUGUCCUUUGUGGACUGUUCUCAGAGCAGCGGUCGCGUGGCGCAACUUCUCUCUGGACUUCAACUUGCUUCGACAAAGCCACAGAGGAUCAAAGAUGACUUCAGAYGAGACGAUUUUACAAACUUCUGUGAAAAUAUCUAUUUUUCUGCAAGACGGCUACGACCCAAUCGCACGUGGUUAUUUAGAGGAGUGUGUUUGAGUUGCAGGGGGAGGGGGAGGGGAUCCUACCUCAGCGGCAUAGCUGGUGGUGACAACAUGGACUGAGCUUUUCUUGUUUUGCUGUGGUGGUGAAAAGGGGGACUUAACAGCCAACCUCUCCACGUGCAAGUUGGCCUUCAGGCUCUUUAAUUUAGAAACUUGAAAGCGUUGUUUUUCAUUCACAUGCUGAUGAUGGCACUCUGCAGAAAAUCUAUGAACAAGAAGCGACCGGUUGUGUUUGUCAUUUAGAAUAUACUACAUAAAGUGGCCUUACUCGUGGGGAUACUGUCAUCUGAAGUGUUGUCUGAUUGGCCAGCGCCUGCAUCUGGAUCUCACCACUUUGUGGGGAGGGGGGGGAAUGAGAAAAAUAUUUCAAAAGAUAAGAGUUUUAUGCAGGAAUGUAGUUUUGUUGUAGUUUGCCUGAUUACAGCUACUAACUGUUUUCAUAUCAGCUGUUUGGUUUAAUUAUCUCUUCAAAAGUCUAAAAUAAUGAUAAUCGAAGCUUGUUUCUAAUCUGAUACCAUUUCCUUUUGCUAACAAAUGUUUUCCAUGGCUUUGACAUCAGUCAUAAAUAUUGAAGUGAUGUUUGGGGGAGCGGACAACUUAAGCACAUCUUUUCUGGUUAUUAGCCCAAUUUGAGAUCAGAACUUCUACAGUUUGCUGAAAGUGGUCAUUAGAGCCCCUUGUUUUAAGAUCUUUUUAGUUAUUUUUUUUCUUCCUCUCAGAAGUAACCCAACUCUUAGCCUUUAUUGAAGUUAUUUUGAACAAUAAAUCAAAGAACUGGCUCUGCAGAAAGUUUCUGCAUACUGCCACGCAACUGAGAGUUAAAUGAGUGUUUACUGUAAGAAAAACUGGAUUUCUGUGCUUUGUAUGUUCUUCCCAUGAUGCUGUCAGAGAUCUUCUUUGACACGCUUUUGGUGGACGUAGUUCUUACGUGUUUGCAAAAAGAGAGCAGUCGAACCCGAGGUAAAUAUAAACYGAGUUUAGGACAUUUUUAUUAGUGUCCUUUUCCAGAAAAGCUUUCUGUCCAUGUGAACCCAAGCCUUGUAUCAACAUUCUGUUCCUCUAACACAUGAAAGAACAUAAUUCCUUUUGUGGUCUCAUUUUAUCAGAAUACUUGUUCCUUUUUUCCCUCUUUGCACAUGAUGAAUAAAUUAAAGUUCCGUCUCUUUUGAGGAAAAAAAGCAUCAAAUGAUCUUAUACCAAGCAUAUUAACAAAUAAAAAUGGCAUUUUCUCACAGAUUUAUUUCUUUACGCUCCUCUGGUUUUCUGCAAUAUUUGUAAUUAAUGCCUGAAUACUCUUAAAACAUGGAUGAAAAUUUUUACUUCAGAUCACCCCAGUAGAGUAUAAAGUUUUUUUUACUAAAGCCAGAUUAACAGGUUGGAUCCAUCCUUUUUCUGAUCUAAUUUACUGGUUUCCUCAACUCCACCCCACUUUUCAGUGAAAUAUGGUCUUCAAAUGUAAAUCUUUACAAAAUAUAACGAUUUAAAACAAAAUUGAAUGAAAGCAUCAAUAUUUUUAGGUGAUGUACUUCARCUGUAAUCAGUUUUGCCCUUGGUGCAAAAACUGAGGCUUAAUGGUUAUGUGCUCUGUACCAUUGCUCAAAAUAAAGUUUGAAAAAGAAAUAAAA